AAAGAAGAAGCAAGGGUAUCAGAUUAUUUACCCUUGUAUCCGAUUGUAUAUAAUAACCACACUUUCCUUUUUCCUCUUGAUACAAAUCGUUGCUCUCUCCCUCUACGAGUUAUUGAUCCAACGGAGAAAAGAAAAUGGCGGAUCAGCUGACCGACGAUCAGAUCUCCGAGUUCAAGGAAGCUUUCUCGCUAUUUGACAAGGAUGGCGAUGGUUGCAUCACUACCAAGGAGCUUGGGACUGUGAUGCGCUCUUUGGGUCAGAAUCCAACGGAGGCUGAGCUUCAGGAUAUGAUCAAUGAGGUUGAUGCUGACGGGAAUGGGACUAUUGACUUCCCAGAGUUCCUCAAUUUGAUGGCCCGGAAGAUGAAGGACACCGAUUCAGAGGAGGAGCUCAAGGAAGCUUUCCGGGUUUUUGACAAAGACCAGAAUGGCUUCAUUUCUGCAGCUGAGCUUCGCCAUGUUAUGACGAAUCUAGGCGAGAAGCUCACUGAUGAGGAGGUCGAUGAGAUGAUCCGUGAGGCCGAUGUCGAUGGUGAUGGGCAGAUCAACUAUGAAGAGUUUGUCAAGGUCAUGAUGGCCAAGUGAGAACCCAACAACACAAAUAUAAAUCUUUGGAAGUAUUGAGAAGAUCCCAAAAAGGAAAAACGGCAGUUAAGUUUGACAAUUUCUGUUGCUGGUUAGGAUGUGGUCUUCUUGCUUUAUUAGCUUUGUUUUGAUGGUUGCCUGAUUUCUUGUUUGUGUUUUUUUUAAGUGACUUGUUUUAAGUAAAAGCUUGUGUGCUAAGUCCUUUGUUUUUGUAGUUUGGAUUGUUAGUAUCUUCUUUCUUUUGACAUUUGGUGUUACGAACUUGGAGCAAUUGGAAAACUUUGAAAUUUUUUCUAUCAGCGACUAUAUUUGUUGACAAGCUAA